AUGGUGUCCGCCGCAGCUGCUCCAUCGGCUGCUGCCCCAGCAUUGUCAUCUCACUGCGCAAGUGAUGCUCACCAAUCCACCUCGCUCUUAAGCACAGCUGCCGCAACCCCUCGUACCACUAACACGUCCAAAUCGUCAUCCUCGGCUGAGCAAGCAGACGACACUUUGCUCUCGCAGACACCACCACCUUCUCCAUUAAACUCGACGCCUCAAUCACAGUUGCAGUCGCAGUCGCAACUACCCUACACUCAUAGUCCCGCUCCCGCUCCUAUCUCCAUCCCCAACCCCAAUUUGCAGCAACAACAACGAAGAGCCUCAUCCCAAAGUUCCCUUUCGUCUUCGCCCCGUCGCUACCCUACAGAGUUGCAAGACUCAAUUCCUGAAGAAUGCGACGAGACGGAAAGCGACACACCAAAUGAGCCGACCACACCAGUAAGUGGGCGACAGUCGCGGGAUUUCCAUGCUAUUGAUCACCACGACACGGCCAAUAAUUCUCAACUCAUUGCUUUCUCUGAGAUCCCCGGGCACCCUGAUAUUUCCAUUACGCCGAUUAGUAAAACCGAGUCGAGGCCACCGCUGCUAGUCCAUACAGCAGCCACUCCUCCUACGCCCGGAACGCCCCAGGAACCAUUAACUAAGUCCUUCACAACCCACACUGAGUCGUCACGUCAACUGGAUAUAACAGACACCUCAUUUCCUCUCGAGCGACGUAAAUCGUCCGCCUUGAGUAUACGGGGAAAGAUGACGUCCCUUUUCAAGCGCACCAGCUCGAACGUCACCGAGAACUCGACCCUGGAGUUUAGACAGCCCAACUACAACGGCGGCUUCGAUAGUAACGAAACCACAUCUAUCAAGGUGACCCCCAACAGCAGUCGGCACUUCUCCUUCCACAGAUCUUCGGUUACGACACGGUCCAACACCCCACCUUCGCCAGGAUCGUCGCUCGAGAUGGCGCGCAUUUCCAAAGAAACCACGACGCGUCCGACGAUACCUGCACCUGGCGAUUUCUUCGACAGGCAGAAGAAUCGAGCGUCGACUGGUUUUUCGUUACAUUUGCGAGGCAGAAGCAAAGUCAAUUUUGCCAAUUCAGCCAAAAAGGUCCGUACGCGGAGCUUGGAACGUGGACGCCGCGCCAACGCCGAGGAGAAGAAGUCGGGUAACCCUUUGACGGAGAACUUGACGAAGCAUCCCUUGAUAUUCACCCCGGAUGCAGGUACUGGCAUGAAAGCGCGGCGACUCAGUUUGAGUCUGCCAGAUGACUUCACGGUUGAUAUCGCUGAGCUCACGAAAGAGUUUGAGUAUCAAAGCAAACUGCUGGGUCGCCACAAGCAUUUCGGCAAGGGUGCUACUUCCAAUGUCGCCUUGAUGCACCGCAAAGGCAUACCAACCGAGUUGUACGCCGUAAAGACGUUCCGCAGCAAAGGCAGCUCAGAGACCACGGCAGAAUACGAAAAGAAGAUCAAGUCGGAGUACAGCAUCGCCAAGAGUUUGCACCACCCCAACAUUGUUGAGACAUUUCGAUUAGCUACCGAGAAAGGUCGCUGGAAUCAUGUGAUGGAAUUCUGUUCCGAGGGUGACUUGUACAGCCUCGUGUCCAAGAAGUACCUCCAAGACGAGUCGCGCCAGCUCGACCGGUGCUGCCUGUUCAAGCAACUGGUUCAAGGUGUAAACUACUUGCAUUCGAACGGCAUUGCACAUCGCGAUAUCAAGUUGGAAAACCUUCUCAUCACGAAGGACAGCAAACUCAAGAUCACUGACUUCGGCGUCUCGGAAGUCUUCUCCGGCAUUCACCCAGGCCUGCGGGAAGCCGGUGGCCAAUGUGGUCAGGGGAUGAGUGACGAGAUCCGACUCUGCAAGCCUGGCAUUUGCGGGAGUAUGCCGUACAUUGCACCAGAGGUCAUCAGCAAGCACGGCGAGUACGACCCUCGGCCUUUGGAUGUGUGGAGCUGUGCCAUUGUCAUGAUUUAUCUCACGUUCGGUGCGAAUCUCUGGGACAAGGCGGAAGUGACCACCAAAGGCCCAGAGACCUACAAUAAGCUGGUACGAGGGUGGCAGAAGGUCAACGAAUUAAGGGUACAGGACCCAGAGACUUACAAGGAUGGAUAUCCCAAUAUCGACGCCUUCAACUUCUUCGUCAACCCGGUCCCGCUGCGCCGCCUUUUGUUGAACAUGCUGAACCCGGACCCUGCAAAGCGAGUUACCAUCAAGGACGUGGUCAACAACCGGUGGAUGAAGAAUGUCGAGUGUUGUCAACUGGAAAGUUACGACGACCCGGUCAAAUUCAUCGACGUGUCGAAAAAGAACUGCCUCAAGUCCACUGCUGGCAAGAUUUACUGCCAUAAUCAUCUACCGCUUCAGAGCAGUGGUCACGGGCUACCGCCAAUGCCUGGCAAGCAUGGCUACUGA